CUGUGACCCUCGUUAUGACUUUUGAAGGGUGAUUUUUUAUUGUGCGGUGACUGUAAAAAUAAAGCGCUUCGCGAGGGUCGAUGAACAUAAGCUGUAGUGCGGCGUCGAAGGCAUUUGCGAUACAAAAUUUGGCGAUUUUCCUUUUACUUUGCUAAGUUAAACUCGGCCAUCAUUACCUUCAGCAGCUUUGUUCAAAUUCCCAUCCCUUAGAAAUAUGGCUCAAAUAUCGCUACGAAUUAAUAUCAUCGAAGGGAAUGUUACCAAAACUAUGGUAUUUGACCCUUCGACUACCGUAUACGAUGCUUGCAGAAUCAUACGAGAGAAGAUCAGCGAGGCUAAUCUGGGUCAACCCAAAGACUAUGGACUGUUUCUUACCGAUGACGACAACAAAACGGGGGUAUGGCUGGAACCGGGAAGACACCUAGAAUACUACAUCCUUCGCAAUGGCGAUACGUUAGAAUAUAGAAAAAAAACGAGAAUACUGAGAGUGAAAAUGCUUGACGGUUCCAUCAAAAGUGUGAUGGUGGACGAUUCUCAGAUUGUCGCGAAUUUAAUGGUCGUGAUAUGCACCAAAAUCGGAAUCACGAACCACGACGAGUACUCGUUAGUAUUAGAAGACCAGGAAAAUCAGGAAAAUAUCGAAAACAAAAACUACGGUACGCUUACACUCAAACGUAAAAAAGAGGAGAGAGAGCGAGAUGCGAAGAUGGAUCAGUUGAGGAAGAAACUGAAAACCGACGAUGAAGUCAAUUGGGUCGAUCCCUCGAAAACGUUAAGAGAGCAGGGGAUUGAUGAGAAUGAGACCGUUAUCUUGAGGCGAAAGUUUUUCUUCUCGGAUCAGAAUAUCGACUCCCGCGAUCCGGUACAGCUCAAUCUGUUAUACGUGCAGGCGAGAGAUGCAAUUUUGGAUGGGACGCAUCCGGUUACUCAAGAAAAAGCGUGUGAGUUUGCCGGAAUUCAGUGCCAAAUCCAGUUUGGCGAUCACGUCGAAUCGAAACACAAAGCCGGAUUUUUAGAUUUAAAGGAGUUCCUGCCUGCUUCAUACGUUAAGGUGAAAGGGAUCGAACGAAAAGUGUUCGCUGAACAUAAGAAACAUAUCAAUUUAAGUGAAUUAGAAUCCAAAGUCAUUUACACCCAAAAUGCCAGAUCUUUAACAACAUACGGUGUCACAUUCUUCUUGGUGAAGGAAAAGAUGAAGGGAAAGAAUAAGCUGGUACCGCGUCUUUUGGGUGUGACUAAGGAUUCCGUCUUGCGACUGGAUGAAAAAACUAAGGAGAUUUUGAAGACCUGGCCGUUGACUACGGUCCGACGCUGGGGUGCGAGUCCCAACACUUUCACUCUGGAUUUCGGAGAUUACUCGGACCAAUACUAUUCUGUACAGACAACUGAAGCUGAACAAAUUCAACAGAUUAUUGCUGGAUAUAUCGACAUUAUAUUGAAAAAGAAACAAGCCAAGGACCAUUUUGGUAUAGAAGGUGAUGAAGGAUCUACCAUGGUUGAAGAUAGUGUGGCACCUCAUAAGGCAACUAUUUUACAACAUGCCAGCGGUCGUAUUGGGGAGAAAGUUAAUACAGAGUCGCUCGCUAAACCUGCUAUUAUGAGAGCCGGAACCGAUGGAGCCAAACCUUACGGUACAGGCCACAUGGGAGGAGCACAACUGACAACCGUUAGUGGACAAGUUAAUUUAGGCCAUGCCCCACCUACGAUACAACAAACAAAGGUAACAUCUGUGUUAAGCGAACCUCAACGAGCUCUGAUUUCAACAAUUUCUUCUACUCAAAGUAGAAUACACGAGUCUCAAGUCGAUUUGGCAACCAGAACUCAAGUGCCGGAAUUGGGAAGCGAUCCCGCCGCGAAGAAAUGGAAACAAGUAACUUUGGAUACACGCAAACAAAAUGUCGGUUCUCAAAUUGCAGCGAUGAAUGCCGCAACUGCUCAGGUUGUUACCUUGACAUCCGGACCUCAAGACGAAGUAGAUCACACGGCCGUUGGCGCCGCGAUCAAUACAAUCGGCAGUAAUUUACCGGAGAUGACUAAGGAUGUCAAGAUGAUCGCCGCUCUCAUGGAUGAUACGAGUGUUGGUGAAAAACUGCUCGAAGCGACAAGGAAAUUGUGCACAGCCUUUAGUGAUCUUCUUAAGUGUGUCGAGCCAGAAACAAAGGAGCCGCGUCAGAACUUACUGAAUGCAGCAUCCAGAGUCGGAGAAGCUAGCACUCAAGUUCUUGCUACUAUUGGUGAAGAAACUGAAGAAAAUAAGGAACUACAAGAUAUGCUGCUAUCGCUCGCGAAAGCAGUGGCCAACACUACAGCCGCUUUAGUCCUUAAGGCCAAAAACAUCGCGGCAACAUGUGAAGACCAACAAACCCAAAAUCGAGUGAUCGGUGCUGCUACUCAGUGUGCACUCGCAACUUCUCAGCUAGUCGCUUGCGCCAAGGUAGUUGCUCCUACUUUGUAUUCCCCAGCCUGUCAAGAACAACUGACUGCGGCCGUUAGGGAAGUUGCUAGAGCUGUGGAGAAUCUUGUUGGAGUGUGCAAUGAUUCUUGCGAUAAUGAGGAACUAUUGGGACAGUUGAGAAAUGCCGCUUCAGAAGUUACACGCACAUUAAAUGAUCUUUUGGAGCACAUUAAGUUGGCUUCAAGAGAGAGGGCCCAUGAAACAAUCCAAGAAACUAGCGUUGAAAUGAUAUACACUGCAACAGAUAAAUUGUCGGCGGCUUCCGGCGAUACAGGAGAGAUGAUCAAGCAGGCGAGAGUGUUGGGUCAAGCUACCGCACAACUGAUUCAGAGUAUUAAGGGUGAAGCGGAAAAGCAGCCCGAUUCCGAAAUACAAAGACGACUUCUAGCGGCCGCGAAAACAUUGGCAGACGCGACGGCUCGCAUGGUUGAAGCCGCAAGACAAUGCGCCGGUCAUCCCAAUGAAGUCUUGUACCAAGAUAAUCUCAGAAGGACAGCCGAAGAUUUACGUGACGUAACCAUUGUUGCAGCUACGACACCGGCGCUCAGAGCAAAACUCGUCGAUCGCGUUCAGCUUUGCGCGCGACGAGCUGUGUCUACUGCGACGCAAUGUAUUUCUGCAGCACAAGCCAGUGAACCGCACAAUUCGAAUCCGACGUCGCGCGAGGCGCUUAUUGUUGACACCAACGAUUUAGUAGAGCAGAUACCUCCGUUAGUUGAGGCCAUUAGGGCAAGCAGUGAAACGCCGCAGGAAAUUACAACACAAAGUGAACUGAUGUAUGUUGCAGAGGUCUUCUUGCACCCCGCGACGCAUUUCAUUCAAACCUCUCGUUCGGUUCUCUCCACAUUAGACGAUGCAUCGAUAUCUCACCAACUCUCCCAAAGCAGUCAGCAGCUAAAUAGCGACUUGGGCGAUUUACGGGGCGCGCUGAGUCGAGCGAAACCGGCCUGUCAAGGUUUAGGUAUCGACGCCGCCGCCGAACUCAUCUUGAGCUUGAAAGAGGAACUUGACGAAUUUGAAAGGGCUAUUAAUCUUCACGCUUUGAGACCGUUACCUGGUGAUACAGCUGAACAGAGUGCUGCUCAACUAAAUGGCAGUAGCAAGGCCGUUAACCAAGGUAUCGCUCAACUUUUGGGCGCGGCAUCACAAGGAAACGAAAUAUACACAGCUCAAGCGGCACGAGAGACCGCCCACAAAUUGAGAUCUCUCACAAAAGCUGUGCGCGGAGUUGCUGCAACAUCCGAAAAUUUGGACACACAAAGAAAUAUUGUGCACUCUGCCCAAGAUGUUAUGCAACAUUCUGUGAGAUUAAUGGAUGAAGCGAAGCGCAGUUUACAUUUGCCUGAUGGUGAAAUGAAUCAUGAAUUACCUCUCAUUGCAAAGGAAGUGGCUACUGCUGUGGGUCGCACUGUCAACUGUCUACCCAGUCAAAGAGACGUAGACCAGACAAUUACAGAAAUAAAACAAUGGACGUCCAUCUUAGAUUCUCGCCACUUCCCGUCAACAAACAAGAGCUACGGUCAAUUGCAACAAGAAUUAAAUACUGCCGCGGCAAACCUUAACGAAGCGAGUGGCGAUGUCGUCACAUCCGUUCGUAACCCUAUCCAACUAGCGUCUUCGUCCAAAGACUUUGGCUCCGCUUACCAUGAUCUCUUGAAUGUGUCUGUUGAAAUGGUAGGCCAAACGCAAGAUACGGCAGUUCAGGGCAAGAUGGUUCACUCCAUCAAGAAUGUCUCGACAGUUUCAAGCACUCUUUUAUAUACAGCAAAAUCUGUAUCCGCCGAUCCCAAUCUACCAAAUGGAAAGAAUCAGUUGGCGUCUGCCGCACGAGCUGUUACCGAUAGUAUAAAUAAUUUAUUAGACGUGUACACUUCGGCUACUCCCGGUCAAACCGAAUGUGAGAACGCGAUCCGAAGUAUUCAAGCUAUGAAACCGCACCUCGAUAAUCCAAGUGAACCGGUUAACGACUGUAGUUAUUAUGAAUGUUUAGAUUCUGUAAUGGAGAAAAGCAAAUUAUUGGGUGAAGGUAUGACCGGAAUAACAAAUGCCGCCAAACAGUCUCAACACGAGAAAUUUGGUGAGAAUGUCAAAAAUGUUAGUGUGGGUAUAUGUGGACUAAUAGAAGCUGCCGCACAAGCAGCUUAUUUGGUUGGAGUCUCUGAUCCUACAAGUGUAGCUGGUCGUCCAGGUUUGCUUGAUCAAGCACAGUUCGCGCGUGCUUCUCAGGCCAUUCAGCAGGGCUGUGCAUCUUUAACAUCGCCCACAAGUUCACAACAGCAGGUAUUGACCGCAGCGACGGUUAUCGCGAAACAUACAAGCGCGCUUUGCAACGCGUGUAGAAUCGCCAGCUCAAAAACGAGCAACCCUGUAGCCAAACGCCAUUUUAUUCAAAGCGCCAAGGACAUCGCCAAUUCCACGGCCCACCUGGUCAAAGCGAUAAAAGCGUUAGAUUCCGAUUAUUCGGAAGUAAACAGGAGUCAAUGCGCUGAAGCGACUAGACCUCUUUUAGACGCCGUCGAUAAUCUUUGCGUUUACGCUUGCUCAAGUGAAUUCGUCACUAUCCCUGCAAAAAUAUCAACUCAAGCGCGUUUGGCGCAAGAGCCGAUAGUCGAGGCGGGUCGCAAAAUCAUUGAAAGUUCUUGUGCCGUUUUACACACAGCAAAGAGCUUGGUGGUGAUGCCCCGCGAUCCACCCACUUGGCAACAGUUCGCCAGUCAUUCGAAAACUGUAUCGGAUUCUAUAAAAAAGCUUGUCUCCAGUAUUCGUGAUAAAGCUCCAGGCCAGUCUGAAUGCGAAAGGGUUGCUAUAACUUUAACAAACUACCUACGAGCUUUAGACGCCGCUUACAUGGAAGCUGUAUCACAAACAUUAGCAACUCGAAAGGGUUCAUCACAAAGUGUGUACAAUCAACAAGUUGCUCGUGCGGCUAGUGAAAUACAAGACACGAUUGAACCGUUGCGCCAAGCCGCCAAAUGUGAAGCAGAAAAUAUCGGGCACACAGUCAAUCAAAUGGUACAGUACUUUGAACCCUUAGUUCAAGGCACCAUAGGCGCCGCAUCAAACAUGUCCAACUCGAAACAACAAGAGUUGCUAUUAGAUCAAGCGAAAUCAAUCACGGAAGCCACGUUACAGCUUGUAUACGCAACAAAGGAUUGUGGCGGAAAUUCUAAGGCUAUAAACAUCCAUCCCGAUAUUGACGAAUGCGCUGCGUCAACUCGUGAAGCACUGCAAGAGCUUGUGAGCAAUUUGGAAACGAUUUCCACUCAAAGUGGCAUUGUGUCGGGUGUCGUUGACAAUCUAACCAAGGCGAUAACCCGCCUAUCCGAUCACAGAGCUUCCUUAGUUAUAUCAGACGGUGACACUUACGUGGAUUAUCAAACGAGGAUGGUCGAGUGCGCCAAGGACAUUGCAAAAAUUGCCGGAGAAAUGCCAACAAAGGGCGCAACUGAACCUCAACGUUUGGCGCCAUUGUCUGCAGACUUGGCACGAAAGUACUCUCAACUGGCAAAUGAUAGCAUUGGAGCUGCGGCUGCUUCUACAAAUGGUGAGGUUGCGUUAAGAUUGAAAGAGGUUGUGCAAGCGUUAGGUGGCGCUUGUGUCGAUUUGGUGCAAGCCGGUGGACAGUGCCAAAUUCGGAAGGAUGAUAUGACGUUGCGUGACCUUGGAGAUAGCUCGCGGAUUGUUAUUGAAAAGGUUUCGCGCGUUUUGGCGACUCUCCAAUCGGGUUCACGAGGCACCCAAGCUUGCAUUAACGCUGCAUCUACUGUGUCGGGUAUAAUCGGUGACCUAGAUACUACCAUAAUGUUCGCGACUGCUGGAAAUCUCAACCCAGAAAGUGAGCAUGAAUCGUUUGCUGAUCAUCGUGAGAAUAUUUUAAAGACCGCCAAAGCGCUAGUGGAGGACACAAAAACCUUGGUCGCCGGAGCGGCUUCGUCUCAAGAACAAUUGGCGGUUGCAGCUCAGAAUGCUGUCACAACCAUCGUCCAACUGGCCGAGGUGGUCAAGUUCGGUGCGGCAAGUCUCGGUUCAGAUAAUCCAGAUUCGCAGGUCAUGCUUAUUAAUGCUGUCAAAGAUGUGGCGAGCGCUUUAGGCGAUCUAAUUCAUGCGACGAAGGCGGCGAGUGGAAAACCAAUCAACGAUCCCGCUAUGGCCCAUUUGAAAGAUAGUGCUAAGGUUAUGGUGACAAACGUGACUUCUCUAUUGAAAACGGUUAAGGCGGUAGAAGACGAACAUACCAGAGGCACACGAGCAUUGGAAUCGACAAUUGAAGCAAUCGGUCAAGAAAUUCGCGCUCUCAAUACAAGCGAUGGUUGUAAAAGUGGCGUUACUCCCGAGGAUAUUAUACGAUCUACGAAAGCGAUUACUAAAGCCACUGCGAAAUCAGUUGCGGCUGGAAUCAGUAAUAAGCAAGAUGAUAUAAUAGCGGCCGCCAACAUGUCACGGAAAGCAAUUUCUGACAUGCUGGUCAUAUGCAAGAGCACAGCAUACAACGUAGCCGAAACUCCUGAGCUUCGCAAUCGAACUCUACUCGCCGGUCAAGACUGCGCCCAACAAUUCAGGGAGUUGUUAUUCGCCAUACUUCAAGGGAAUAGUGCAGAUUCCAAGCACAUCCUACCGCCUAUAUCACGCAAGAUAGCACAAUGCGUAACAGAACUAGUCACUGUUGCCGAACUUUUAAAGGGUUCAGAUUGGGUGGACCCAGAUGAUCCGACAGUGAUAGCCGAAAACGAACUUCUAGGGGCAGCUGCAUCGAUUGAUGCGGCUGCGAAAAAAUUGGCAAGUUUGCGACCGAGAACGAAAAUAAAGACACAUGACUUGGACGAAUCAAUGAACUUUGAUGAAAUGAUACUAGAAGCCGCAAAAUCCAUUGCGGCGGCAACAUCCGCCUUAGUUAAAGCUGCCAGUGCCGCUCAACGAGAGCUGAUUGACAGCGGUAAAAUGUCGCGCACGCCCAUUUCCUCAUCGGACGAUGGACAGUGGUCAGAAGGUCUGAUUUCUGCUGCCCGUUUAGUAGCGGCCGCAACUCACAGUUUAGUGGAAAGUGCGAAUGCGCUUGUGCAAGGCUUGGCCAGCGAAGAAAAACUUAUAUCAUCUGCGAAGCAGGUUGCUAGCUCCACCGCUCAAUUAUUAGUUGCAUGCAAAGUGAAAGCAGAAAGCGAUACCGAAGCGACUCGGCGAUUACAGCAAGCCGGUAAUGCGGUCAUUCGCUCUACAGAUAAUCUAGUACGAGCGGCUCAAAGAGCAAUUAGUGUCGAGGAAGAACGAUCGCUAAUUCUUAACAAACGAAUGGUCGGUGGCAUCGCCCAGGAAAUAAAUGCGAGGUCAGAGGUACUACGUAUUGAACGUCAACUUGAGGAAGCACGAGGGAAACUAACCGCUAUUCGACAGGCCAAAUAUAAACUGCGCGGCGGAGACACAUCGGGCGAUGAUACAGACGGGUAUGUGAGUUCCGCCUUUGAUGGCGCCACUUCGCGUUACGAUUCGCACCAUUAUGACUCAAGCGCUUACGGAACCAAGUCGGUUACUCAAAAUUCAACAUUCAGUGACAGUUAUAGUCAGCUCGAAAGCCCUGAAAAAGUUAAUUCUUUGGAUCGCAAUAAGAAGAAUAGAAAUAUACUUCUGGGCGAAAUAAAUUCAAUGGAUUCUGCUGUUUACGGUGGAACAAACUCGUACAAUCAAAGCAACACUUUUGACAAGCAUACAUAUACUUCUUUCUCGGAGCAUGCACCCAAAUUUGGUUCACUACCUUCCAACCCGAACAAGUAUGCGCCUCUAACUUCUCAAUAUUCUACUGAAAGCCAAUACAGGACGUCUACUUUCAAACCAACAGAGACAUCAACUGGUCCUACAUAUCAUUCGAGUUACUAUUCAAAUUCAUCUCCAGAUCAUCGUUUGUGUCCCACAACUAUUCCGAUGACCAAACCUGUAUCUCCAACAGUGAACACAUCUCCAAAACCAUUCAGCAGUGAGCAAUACACCAGCACUUUUAAAUACGAUCAUUUACCUCAAAAAUCUGUUAACCAAAUCAGUCUCUCUACCUCUAAGCCGAAAGAUCAGCCUCUCUCAAGUUUCACGCCAGACCCAUACGGAGGCGCGUACACCACCUCGGAGUACUCUACAAACACUUCGAAAAUACCUGGAGGUUUCAGAACGGACUCCUACAAAUACGAGACAUAUCACUCGUCAUCAAAACCAGUUGACACAUUUGGCUCGACAACCGAACGAUUCUUCACCAGCUCGCCAAACGAUAAGCUCCAAUUCAGCCCCAUUAAGAAGGACUUCGAUCACGUGCUUAAAAACGGAUCAAAAUCGGACCACCAAAAUUCUUUCUCGUCCAGCAUGGAGGUCGUUCACGAUCCGUCCCUCGAUUCCGAUUCGCUCGAACAAAAGAUGUUAAAAAAAUCCGUAAGACAGCAGAUUAUUGAGAAGAAAACGGUAACGACGACUAGAUCAAGUAAACAGGAAAGUUCCACCCAGAAUUUCAGAUUUGAGUAAGAUAAUUUUCUUUGUAAUUAAUAUGUAAAAGUUGUAUUAUUGUGUUCUACUAAUGAGAUGGUGCUAAAAAAAUUUCUUUGUUAAUUUGUUAACCAAAAAUCUAGUUUAGACUUUAAUUCUUGUGCCAAUAAUUUCAUUUUAACGAGUUUUAUAAUUUAUGUAAGAGUAUUAUAAUAGAUUUAGUGCCAAAAGUCAUAAUUUUACUUACUCAGUGUAUGUAACCAUUUCUAUUAUCUACACCAGAAAUUGCAUGCCUUAGUCUAAGUGCUUUUAUUGUAAUUAAUGCAUUGUAGGUAUGUAUUUAAAUUAAGUAAGUGCCUAAUCUAAAUGCUGCCAGCCUUUAAUGAUCGCCUUCAGUGUGGGGAGUGUUAAGAAUAGUAUUAAAUCAGUAACGUGUUUUGCCUGUGCCUCACUGAAGCAAAAGUGUUUUUUUAAUUCGAGUCUUAUACUAUAGUGCCUGUACUUGAAUAAUUUUUUAAUAAGCUACUUAUGUAAGUGUUAAGGAGUGUUGUAAUAUAUAUUUUAACUAAGUUUUUAGUGACCUCUAAAUAAAUUUUUAUCACUAAUA